CAUUGUUGCUGUCGGAAAGUUAUCUGGCCCCUGGAAGCUGCCUCCAAGGCUGACUCACUCACCUGGAUUGGGCCCUGGAGUCCAGGGACUAGCUAGGCCCUGGGAAAAAGCAGAAGCCCAUUCUGAGGCCAUAUAAAAGGCAUGGCCAGGGGGUCACAGAUUGGGAGUGGGAGCUGAAGGAGUGGGAUUUUCAAGGCUGGGAAGGGGACUUGGCUACCUGAGCACGCAUCCAUCUGUCUCCCAUUACAUCCCCCAAGCAAUGCCCACUCUCAGAUGGGCCAGCUGAGAAAUCUGCAGACAGGACUUGUUCCCACCCUGACUCAGCAGGCAACCCCUACAGGCCCAGCCGGUUGGAGGGAUGGGGAGGGGGAUCUCUGGUGCCAGAGAAGAUGACUGGGCAGUCUCAGAGAGCCCUGAGCAUCCGUGAGAGCUGGCGCCCUAACUCUACCUCACUGCUGGCCUGGACCCCACUGGACACCAGGCCACCCAGAUGAAGACAGCCCCUCCAGACCAGGGAGCCCAGAAUGAAGGCUGGGAUGGAAUGGGGAGAGCCCCAUAACCCCAAGAAAUCCAUGGGGACUUAAGCAGCUCACCGGCCAGAGCUAACAAAUGGAAGUUGAUGGAAGAAAAAGACUUCCAAGUUUCCUCCAUCCCAGAUGCUUCCCAGACCCACCCCGAUAGACCCUCAGGAAGCUGGGAGGCAGGAACAUGGGAUUACUCCUACGCUAUUUCCUGGGUAAAUGGGACCCAGGAGCCCUCCCUCCCUGCCUGUCAUCUCUCGAGAUACCAGAGAACUAUGCUCUUUUGAGACUGUCGCACGGGCUUUGCUUGGGUGAAAGUUUGCGGCGCUGGGUCUGGGGUGGGGAUUCUCUCUGAUCCCCCCUCUCUGUAGCACUCGCCCGCCUGCCCCGGUCUCCCCUCCCGGGCUAAGCGAAUGGGUCCGGGGUCCGGGGUCCGGGCGGCUGCGGCUACCUGGGUCACCGUCUCCGUCCAUCGCUGCGGAGGGCGGUCGCGAGAGGAGGAGGAGGAGGAGGAGCCGGAGCGCUGCGGGGCUGCCCAAGGCCGGAGGCAGCGACGAGUCCAGGUGCUGCCCGCGUCUGGGUCGGUCCGGCCCGCCGCGCCUCUUAAAGGCCCGGGCCUCCGCCCCCGCCCCGCCUUUGGCCCCGCGCCGGGACGCCCCGCAGUCCCUAGCACUGGGCCCGAGGCCUGAGGCUGCAGGUUCCUCGGCGGACCCAGGAAGCCCGGAAAGGUCAGGAAUCCUUUUUUUUUUUUUUUUAAUGGGGGGGUCCAAUUAGAGGCGUCUCCCAGCUCCCUCCUGGAGUGGCUGCUGGGAGGAGGAGGCGAGGGGGCAGGGAAGUCUGGGUCAUGCGGAGGAUGUGGGGAGCGCGGCCCAGUCGCGGGGGACAGAGGCUCCUCCCGGCACCAAACCCCCCCACCCCCACCCCCUGGGUAAUUUUCCUACUUUGCGGCGGGGGGCGCGUCCCAGGCCCUGCGCGCCCGGACGCGGUGCGGGGAGGGGAGCGGAGGCGGGGGCGGGGCGGGGCCUGGCGGGUGGAGGCGGGGCCGCAUCCAUCCGCGGUCUCUGGCGGAGACCAGCUCUGCGCUGGAGGCCAAGCAGUAUCGCGCAGCGACGGCUAAGCUCAGGAGAGUGUCCAGAAGCCUGGAGCGAUGGCGGUGGAGAACAUCAACGAGCUGCCUGAGACCAUCCUGCUGGAGCUGUUCACGCAUGUGCCCGCUCGCCAACUGCUGCUGCACUGUCGCCUAGUCUGCAGCCUCUGGCGAGACCUCAUCGACCUCGUGACCCUCUGGAAGCGCAAAUGCCUGCGGGAGGGCUUCAUCACUGAGGACUGGGACCAGCCUGUGGCCGACUGGAAGAUCUUCUACUUCCUGCGAAGCCUCCAUAGGAACCUCCUGCACAACCCGUGUGCUGAAGAGGGGUUUGAGUUCUGGAGCCUGGACGUGAAUGGAGGUGAUGAGUGGAAGGUGGAGGAUCUCUCUGGAGACCAGAGGAAGGAAUUCCCCAAUGACCAGGUCAAGAAAUACUUCGUGACUUCUUAUUACACCUGCCUCAAGUCCCAGGUGGUGGACCUCAAGGCCGAAGGGUAUUGGGAGGAGCUGAUGGACACCACACGGCCGGACAUCAAGGUCAAAGACUGGUUCGCAGCCAGGCCAGACUGCGGGUCCAAAUACCAGCUAUGCGUUCAGCUCCUGUCAUCAGCACAUGCGCCUCUGGGGACCUUCCAGCCAGACCCAGCAACGAUCCAGCAGAAGAGCGAUGCCAAGUGGAGGGAGGUCUCCCACACAUUCUCCAACUACCCACCCGGCGUCCGCUACAUCUGGUUUCAGCACGGCGGCGUGGACACUCACUACUGGGCCGGCUGGUACGGCCCGAGGGUCACCAACAGCAGCAUCACCAUCGGGCCCCCCGCUGCCCUGACACCCCCGAACCCCCGUCUGCAGAACCCUGACUGGUAAACUGCUAUCAGACGAAGGCUGGGCUUGGGAGGGGGAGGUGAACCAGGCUCCCCCAGACCUCCUAGUUCAUCCUUGCCCCUCCCCGGUCACCUCUUUGUGGAGCCUCUUGGUUCAUGCAGCCCUCACAUGCUGUGGGCAGCUAGCUCUCCGCCUGAGGGUUCAACCUGAAUGAUGGGAGGGAGGCCUGCGUGGGCGCCUUUAAGAGAUGGGGCCCCUGAGGUUAGGGAGGUACAGGGUGUUCUCCAAAGCUCCUUCCCGACUCUGAGGGUGGAUCUCUAAGCUCAGAUGGCAACCUAGAUCUGUGUUUCUAAACCUUCCCCUCCUGUGCCCUUUCUCCCUGUCUUUUUGGGGGCCCCUCAGAGCAGGGACAGUCAUGAAGACAUCUGGCAAGCCUGUGGCUGCCCUGGAUAGUAUAGAUGCUGGGAGGAGACUUAAGUAGCUCAGACAGAUCUGGGGUGGAAGGAGGGUUCUGCUGGCCUGUCCUCUGUCCCGUUCUCUGCUGCUCCCAAGCUCUCGCCCUGCCCACCUGCUCAGAGAGGUGGCUUUGGCCCAGAGGUUCAGGCCUGGCCUGAGAUGGGCAGGCCCCAGGUGGGGUGGGGUCCACGCCAGGUCUGAACUGGCCUCACCAUCAAUAAAGCCCCAGAAGCCAGGUAGGGCGGGGUUGUCCCAAAGCCCCCCGGAAUCCUGUGCAUGGUAACCCAGGGCAAGUGGAGGUAGGACUGAGCUCUGAUUCCGAGAGCUAGGAUGUUAUGAGCACAGGAUGUGUGGGGUGGAGGUUUUCAAGGAUCACCUGUCCACCUCCAUGCCUAGGCCAGGUCCCCUGUGGUUUGGAGAGCAUUCCAAGCCCCCACCCCACCCUUGGAACUGCCAUUCCCAGGACCUCUCCUCCCCCCAUCCCCCCACUGGAAGUGCUCUGAUCCUGCCCCUGCUGCAUGUGGCCAAAUAAAAGGUUUUCCCAGCC